CCCAGCAGUGGUAACAACAGAUAUGGGUAUCGAAGAUUAUUUUGAAGAUGUCCAUGAAGUAUUGAACAAAGGACUGAAAAUUUUCAAUAAAACCAAAGAAAAUGCUCAAGAGGAUGUCAAAAUUGUAAAAGAAUGGGCCGAGAGUCAACCACAUCUACCUGAGGCUCCCAACAAUCACAUGAUAAUGUGCUUCCUCAUGAUGAAUAAGUUCAGUAUCGAAAACGCCAAACAGAAAAUCGAUAUGUAUUACACAAUGCGAUCUUUGUUUCCAGAUUUUUUCGAAAACAAACAUCCUCUUUCACCACAUAUGCUAAAUACAAUGGAUGAUCUAUGUUUUUUACCGCUGCCAAAAACAACAGAUGAAGGCUAUCGUGUAACGAUUAUUCAAGCAUUUCACGACAACACUGAAAAUUUCGACAUUUGCCAUUUUUUUGCUUUAGCUUAUAACGUUAUUGAAGUAAGAUUUCAAGAAGAUUAUCCAGUUGGUGAUGUCAUCAUUUACGAUUUCACCAAUUUGAGAAUGGGCCACUUGGUUCAAUUCACACCCACCAUUAUGAAAAAAACUGCUACAAUAUUAGAGAAAACAUACAAUAAUAAUGUGAAACAGGUGCAUUGUGUCAAUUAUCCGAAAUUUGCCGAACCAGUGAUCAAUUUAUCUAUGAAAAUGGUGAAACCAAAACUUGCACAGAGGUUUCGGUUCCACAAAGAAGUUGAUACCAUGAAAAAUUUCAUCCCAGUGAGGAUAUUGCCAAAGGAUUAUGGAGGAGAAGAAUUAUCAUUGAAAGAAUUGAAUGAGAUUUGGAAACUCAAAUUCGUUCACCACAAAGAAAGAUUCGACCUUUUGGAAAAAUUACGUGUUGACGAAAACUUGAGGCCCACUCCACUAACAAACGAUGAACAAUUGGGAUUUUAUGGAAACUUCAAGAAAAUCAGUGUAGACUAGAAGAGCUAAAAUAAUUAAAACAUUUUUGUGCAAUAGUUUAAUUCUUCCAAAAGUAUUCAUUUCAAUAGGGUCCGAAAUUCAUUCAAUAAAUACUCUUCAAAUUUGA